CGGAAAGAGCCGUCAGCGCCGGAGCCACGGGCAGACAUGGCGGGGCAGAUGGCUGUGCUGGGCUCUGCUGUGCUGGCCCUGCUCUUGGCCAGCUACCUGGCACAGCAGUACCUGCCCAUGCCCACGCCCAGGGUGAUUGGGAUCGACCUGGGCACCACCUACUGCUCCGUGGGCGUGUUCCUGCCGGGGAGUGGGGCUGUGAAAGUCAUCCUGGACGAGAGUGGCCACAGCAGCAUCCCCAGCGUGGUCUCCUUCACGGACACGGGCGUGCACGUGGGGUACCAGGGCCUGGAGCUGGCUGAUGCCAACCCCCAGAACACCAUCUACGAUGCCAAGAGGUUCAUUGGGAAAGUCUUCACUCCAGAGGAGCUGCAGAGUGAAAGCAGCAGGUAUCCCUUUAAGAUUGUCAACAAGAAUGGAUUAGCUGAAUUUUCUGUGACAACUAAUGAAACCUUUCACAUCACUCCAGAGCGCAUUGGCUCUAAGCUGCUGCUGAAACUGAAGAAAAUGGCAGAAGCCAACCUUGGCAUGUCCAUUUCCAAGGCAGUCAUCUCCGUGCCUGCAGAGUUUGAUGAAAGGCAGAGGAAUUCUACCAUUGAGGCAGCUAACCUUGCAGGGCUCAGCGUUCUGCGAGUAAUCAACGAGCCCACAGCUGCUGCUAUGGCUUAUGGGCUGCACAAAGCUGAUGUGUUUAAUGUCCUGGUGGUGGAUCUGGGUGGAGGAACUUUGGAUGUGUCUCUGCUGAACAAGAUGGGAGGGAUGUUCAUCACACGAGCCAUGGCAGGUAACAACAAACUGGGAGGACAGGAUUUCAACCAGAGGUUGAUGGUGUAUUUGUAUGAUCAACUCCAUCAAAGGUUUGGUUCUCUGCCCACGCAGAAGGAGGAGAUUCACCGCCUCAGGCAGGCCGUGGAAGCUGCUAAAUUAAACCUGACUGUGCAUGAGGCAGCUACACUGAGGGUGCUGCUGACUCUGCCAGCAAACCAGCUGACAAGAGACCUUGCAAAAAGCCAGGUAAAAACAAACAGUGCCUCACAAAACACAGAAGGCCUGACAAAUCUUGGAGAUGCUUCCAAAGUAGAGGGCAACUUUGUGGAAGUCGUGUUUGAAACAGAAAUCUCUCGGAAGCUGUUUGAGAUGUUAAAUGAGGACCUUUUUGAGAAGAUCCUUGUGCCCAUUGAACAGGUGUUGCUGGAAGGGCACCUGCACAAAGCUGAAGUGGAUGAAAUUGUGUUAGUGGGAGGCUCCACACGGAUUCCCAAAAUACGUGAAGUCAUUCGGGACUUCUUUGGGAAGGAACCCAACACCUCUGUGGAUCCUGACCUGGCAGUUGUGACAGGUGUAGCCAUCCAAGCAGGAAUUCUUGCUGGGUCCUGGCCUCUCCAAGUCAGUGCUAUAGAAAUCCCCAACAAACAUUUACGGAAGACGAAUUUUAACUGAAAAGAAACUCUUCUCAAUUGCAUUCCAGCUCUCCAAAAGGAUCCAUACUUAUCUGACUGGCAAUGGAACCUGAUCUUAGCUUCAUUCUAUUCAAUUUUCACCUGUUCCCAUUAGGUGUUACUGGACACCUACCUGUGCUAAAGCUUGAUGUUACUUUAAAGGUACAAACGAGUUCUGAA